AUGAAGAUGGCGAUUAGGGUUUUUCUGCUCUUCAUCGUCCUUUUAUUUUUCUGCUACCCCACCUUUUCUCUGUACGAAGACCAAGUUGGGCUCAUGGAUUGGCAUCAGCAGUACUUGGGCAAAGUAAAGCACGCCGUUUUCCACACUCAGAAGGCCGCGAGGAAGCGCGUGAUUGUCUCCACUGAGGAAAACGUCGUAGCUUCGCUUGAUCUUCGCCAUGGAGAAAUUUUCUGGAGGCAUGUUUUGGGGCCGGAUGAUGUCAUCGAUCAGAUAGACAUUGCGCUUGGAAAAUAUGUUAUUAGUUUGUCUUCUGGAGGAAGUGUCCUAAGAGCUUGGAACCUUCCUGAUGGCCAGAUGGUGUGGGAAUCGUCACUUACAGGCUCAAAGCCCUCAAAGCCGUUUUUGCUAAUUCCAACAAACCUGAAGGUUGGCAAGGACAACGUACUCUUUGUUUAUGGUAAUGGUUUUAUUCAUGCCGUCGCAAGCAUUGAUGGCGAGAUAAUCUGGAAAAAGGAGUUAGCUUCUGAAGACACUGAUGUCCAACAGUUAAUUUAUUCAGAUGGGAGUGAUACGUUAUAUGCUGUAGGUUUGCAUGGUUCCUCACAGUUUAAUGUUUAUCAAGUUGAUGUCAAGAGUGGUGAGCUUCUGAAGCAUUACAACAUGUUGUUCCCCACUGGGUUUUCUGGGGACUUGUCAUUUGUUACAGAUGACACAGUAGUGGCAUUGGAUUCUACUGGAACAACUAUAGUCACUAUACUUUUCCAGAAUGGGGAAAUCAUCCAUCACGAGACACAUGUUUCUCAACUCAUCCAGGACUUUUCAGGAACACCUGUUAUAUUACCCUCAAAAAUUGUUGGAUUGUUUAUUUUAAAACAUGAUAGUUCUUUCACCUUUAUUAAGGUUACCACUGAUGGCAAGUUGAAGGUUGAGGGAAAAUUUAACCAUGCUAAUGCUGUCAGUGAUGCUCUCUCUCUUUCGGAUGGUCGACAAGCUUUUGCCUUGGUUCAGCAUGAAAAUGGUAAGAUUCUCCUGACUGUAAAGCUCGGUAAUGAUUGGGCAUCAAGUUUAGUUGAGGAAACAACUCAGAUGGAUAGUCAGAGGGGACUUGUGCAUAAGGUUUUUCUCAAUAGCUAUAUACGGACAGACCGGUCAAAUGGAUUCAGGGCUUUGAUUGUCAUGGAAGACCAUUCAUUGUUACUGUUACAGCAAGGUGAGAUUGUAUGGACUAGGGAAGACGGACUAGCUUCCAUCAUAGAUGUUAAAGCUUCGGAGUUACCAGUUGAAAAAGAUGGUGUGUCUGUGGCAAAAGUGGAACACAACCUGUUUGAAUGGCUUAAGGGACAUUUGUUGAAACUCAAAGGAACUCUGAUGAUAGCUACCACUGAUGAAGUGGCAGCCAUACAGAAAAUACGGUUGCAAAGCUCUGAGAAAAGCAAGAUGACUCGGGACCGAAAUGGCUUCAGGAAGCUUCUCAUAGUACUUACACGAGCGGGAAAACUCUAUGCGCUUCACACUGGUGAUGGAAGGAUUGUGUGGUCUCUUUUACUGAAUUCUCUUCGCAAGUCAGAAACAUGUGAAAACCCCAGAGGAAUUAGCUUGCAUCAAUGGCAGGUCCCUCACCAUCAUGCACUGGACGAGAAUCCAUCUAUUUUGGUUGUUGGAAGAUGUGGGUCAAAUUCCAAUGCUCCUGGAGUUCUCUCUAUUGUGGACACGUACACAGGGGAGGAGCGCAACCAUAUGGGACCCACUCAUUCGAUUGUUCACAUUAUUCCCUUGCCUUUCAGUGAUUCUAUUGAACAACGUUUGCAUUUGCUGUUGGAUUCAAAUGGACACGUUCACUUGUACCCGAGAAGUGCCGAGGCUCUUGGCAUUUUUCAGCGGGAGUUGGGGAAUAUAUAUUGGUACUCAGCUGAAACUGAUAAAAAUCUUCUACGGGGUCACGGGGUGCGGAAACAAUGUGUUCUUGAGGUGUCAGAUGAAUUCUGUUAUGACUCAAGGGUUCUAUGGACGAUUGUGUUGCCGUCAGAAUCGGAAACGAUUAUUGCAACUGCUACCAGGAGUUCAAAUGAGGUUGUUCAUACUCAAGCUAAGGUGACAGCGGAUCAGGAAGUGAUGUACAAAUACACGUCGAAGAAUGUUUUAUUUUUGGCUACCAUUACACCUAAAGCUGUUGGUCCUAUUGGUUCAGUUACCCCAGACGAGUCAUCUGUAGUUGUUUAUGUGAUCGACACUAUAACAGGUCGUAUACUGCACCGAAUGACUCAUCAUGGUUCACAGGGUCCAGUACAUGCUGUCUUUAGCGAGAAUUGGGUUGUCUAUCACUACUUCAAUCUAAGGGCACACAGAUAUGAGAUGUCUGUCAUUGAAAUCUACGACCAAGCUCGUGCGGAGAACAAAGAUAUCUUGAAGCUUGUUCUUGGGACUCAUAAUCUUACUUCUCCAGUGACAGCUUACUCCCGGCCAGACAUCUUCACAAAGUCACAGUCUUAUUUCUUCCCACAUUCUGUAAAAACCAUUGCUGUAACAUCCACAGCCAAAGGCAUAACUUCAAAGCAAGUUCUUCUUGGCACAAUUGGUGAUCAGGUUUUGGCCCUUGAUAAACGCUUUUUGGAUCCUCGGAGAACACUUAAUCCAACUCAGGCCGAGAAAGAGGAAGGAGUUAUUCCUCUCACGGAUUCCUUACCAAUUAUUCCUCAGUCAUAUGUGACGCAUGCUCUUAAGGUAGAAGGUUUGAGAGGGAUAGCCACAGUCCCGGCUAAACUCGAGUCAACCACCCUCGUUUUUGCCUACGGCGUGGAUCUGUUUUUCACCCAACUGGCACCUUCUAGAACGUAUGACUCUCUUACUGAGGAUUUUAGCUAUGCCCUGCUUCUGAUCACGAUUGUUGCCCUGCUAGUGGCCAUUUUUGUUACAUGGGUCUGGUCGGAGAAUAAAGAUCUUCAGGAAAAAUGGAGAUGA